AAAAAAAGAGGCAGGAACAGACAGCAGAGUCACACAGGCUGUCUAACUCUACAGCAGCACAGUACAGCGGGUCUGCUGUGGAGGGAAGUACAGCAAACAGUACAUCACACUGAACCACAUUCAUUUAUCUGCUGGAGAUCCUCUGCUUGAAGAAAAAGAAGAAGGAGGAGGAAGAGGAGGAGGCUCUGUGAGCACCGCAGCAGCCUCCCCGGGAAAUAUUUCUACAGGAUUAACGAGAAGAAGACAAUUUCUGCUCGGUUCAUCAGGGAAACCCGCUGGAGAGACUCUCCUGAUGAUUGCUCAGCCUAAUAAUAAGGAGGUGUUGUCCUGAUUGCUGUCGGUCCAAGCACUGCUUAUCUGUAAGCAAGAUGUCGACCACCUCUGAGAACGGGAUGGAAGGGCCUCGCGCUACGAGCCGAGAGAAAACCUACAAGAAGACCACGUCGUCGGCCUUGAAGGGAGCCAUUCAGCUCGGCAUCGGCUACACAGUGGGCAACCUCACCUCAAAGCCGGACAGAGACGUUCUUAUGCAAGACUUCUACGUGGUGGAGAGCGUCUUUCUACCCAGUGAGGGAAGUAACUUGACUCCUGCUCAUCACUACCCGGACUUCCGCUUCAAGACAUACGCUCCGCUGGCUUUCCGCUACUUCAGAGAUCUGUUUGGCAUCAAACCCGACGACUAUCUGUACUCGCUCGUAAACGAGCCUCUGAUUGAGCUGGCCAACCCGGGCGCCAGCGGCUCGCUCUUCUACCUGACCAGCGACGACGAGUUCAUCAUCAAAACGGUUCAGCACAAAGAGGCCAAGUUUCUGCAGAGGCUGCUGCCUGGGUACUACAUGAACCUGAACCAGAACCCGCGCACGCUGCUGCCCAAGUUUUACGGCUUGUACUGCAUCCAGACGGGGGGCUUCAACAUCCGACUGGUGGUGAUGAACAACGUGCUUCCUCGCUCGGUCAAGAUGCACUACAAGUACGACCUGAAGGGAUCCACCUACAAGAGGCGAGCGUCCAGGAAGGAGAGGGAGAAAGCCCGUCCGACGUACAAAGACCUGGACUUUCAGGACAUGCAUGAGGAGGGGCUUUACUUUGACACAGAGACGUACAACAACCUGAUGAAGACCCUGCAGAGGGAUUGUCGGGUAGGUAGUGAACAAUCGUCUCUAUCUGAGAGGUCAAGAACAGAGGAGACGUCACACCAUGCGAGAGAGCAGUUGAUGUAAAACAGGGUUUUACUA